AUGGCAGACACAGCGAGCGGCGACCUGUACAUGGGCUUCGACCUGUCGACCCAGCAAUGCAAAUGCCUCGUCGUAUCCUCGGACCUCAAGCUCGCCUACUCGGCCCUCGUCGACUUCGAUGCCGACCUCGCCCACCACGGCAUCAAGAAAGGCGUGCUCACCAACCCGGCCGAAAAUGAAAUCUUCGCACCCGUCGCCAUGUGGCUCGAGGCCUUGGACCUGGUGCUCUCGCGCCUGCAGUCCCAGGGUCUGGAUUUCGGCCGCGUCAAGGGCCUCGCCGGCGCCGGCAUGCAGCAUGGGACAGUCUUCUGGGGCCCCAAUGCCGAGAAGGCCAUGGGAAGCAUGGACAGCGGGAGAGGGAUGGCCGAGCAGUUGAUCGGAAAGAGUGCGGAUGGCAAGUGGAAGGACGUGCAGGAGCUUGGUGUGCUUGCGCAUGAGCACAGCCCGAACUGGCAGGAUGCAAGUACGCAGAAGCAGUGCGACGAGUUCGACAAGUGUUUGGGGAGUCCGGAGAAGCUGGCGGACGUGACGGGGAGCAAGGCUCACCACCGAUUCAGCGGUCCGCAGAUCAUGCGGUAUCGCCAGAAAUACCCGGAUCACUACGCCAAGACAUCCCGGGUUUCGCUCGUGUCGUCCUUCAUCUCCUCCGUUUUCUUGGGCAAGGUUGCCCCCAUCGAUAUCAGCGACGUUACCGGAAUGAAUUUGUGGGAUAUCCACGCGGGUAAGUGGCACGAAGGCCUCCUCACCCUCUGCGCUGGUGGAGCUUCUGGUGUUGCUGCUUUGAGGGAAAAGCUCGGCCCUGUGUUCGAGGACGGUGGCGCGACGUUCGGUGUUGUCAGCUCGUACUUCGUCUCCCGCUAUGGCUUCAGCAAAGACUGCAAAGUCAUUCCAGCCACGGGCGAUAACCCAGCCACAAUCCUGGCUCUCCCUCUCCGAGAGGGUGACGCCAUCGUCAGUCUUGGAACGAGCACCACCUUCUUGAUGAGCACGCCUGUAUACAGGCCCGACCCGGCGUACCACUUCAUGAACCACCCGACAACAGCCGGCCUGUACAUGUUCAUGCUCUGCUACAAGAACGGCGGCCUCGCCCGCGAACAAGUCCGCGACGCGGUCAACGCGCUCGACAGCGAGCCCGACAAGUCCUGGGAAAAGUACAACUCCACGGCGCUCUCCGAGGCCGUCCUGGGCCAGCCGGCAUCGAGUCCCGACGCCCCCAUGAAGCUCGGCCUCUACUUCCCCCGCCCGGAGAUCGUCCCCAACGUCAAAGCCGGCAUCUGGCGCUUCCUCUACGACCCGUCGUCGAAACACUCCCCCGCGAACCAGCAGCUCCAGGCGCGCCUCACGCCCCUCCCUUCGGACCGCGACCCCCGCUGGGGCGGCCCCGCCGCCGACGCCCGCGCAAUCGUCGAGUCGCAGUUCCUGUCGCUCCGGCUGCGCAGCGCCAGCCUCGUGCACCCGCAGCCGUCGGCCGCGACCGCCGGAAAGACGCUCCCCGCGCAGCCGCGCCGCGUCUACCUCGUCGGCGGCGGCUCGCAGAACCCGGCCAUCGCCGACCUGUGCGGCCAGGUCCUCGGCGGCGCCGAGGGCGUCUUCCGCCUCGACAUCGGCGGCAACGCGUGCGCCUUGGGCGCCGCGUACAAGGCCGUCUGGGGCGUCGAGCGCAAGGUGCAUCAGCGGAACCACCAGGAGGCGGAGGAGAAGGAGAAGAAGGAGCAGAAGCAGAUCGUCGCCAACUACAAGCAGAAGGACGGAGAGGGCAUCGAGACGUUCGAAGAGUUCAUCGAGGCGCGGUGGGACGAGGAGAAUUUUGUCAAGAAGAUUGCUGAGGGCUACCGUGAGGGUGUUUUUGAACGGUAUGCCGAGGCGGUCAAGGGGUUCGAGGCUGUGGAGAAGUGGGUGUUGAAGAGGUUUGGGGAGGAUAAGUAA